CCGCCGGUGGGCGAGUGGGGUGUGUCUGCAAGCGGAGAGAGCGUGCGAUUCAGACUCCUUGUACACAACACGACUCGAGUGAGAAUAAAAUGCUGCAAAAUCUGAAAUUGACACGACUCAGAGUCUAGCAGCAAUCUGACACUUUUUUGUUCGCCAGUUUGGGGAGAGACUGCCUGGAACCAUGAAGAAAUCGAGCCCGGCAAAGCAACAACCACCACCUCCGGCUGAAGUCACAGUGCCAGAUAACGAGGUUACUGUGCAACAACUGAACGAGCUGUUGUCAAACAGCAGCGGAUUUUACAGUUUACCAACACAGCAUUUCAACGAGGUCUUCCCUAGAAUAUACGUUGGUAACGCGUUUGUGGGCCAGAAUCUGAUGCGUCUGCAGAAGCUGGGCGUGACCCACAUCCUGAAUGCGGCGGAGGGCAACUCCUUCAUGCACGUCAACACCAACGCAGAGUUCUAUGCUGGCUCGGGCAUCACCUACCACGGCAUCCAGGCCAACGACAAGCCUCAGUUCAACCUCAGUACAUUUUUUGAGGAGGGGGCAGACUUCAUCGAGAAGGCUCUGGCACACAACAAUGGCAAAGGGAAGGUGUACGUCCACUGCCGAGAGGGCUACAGCCGCUCGCCCACCAUUGUCAUCGCUUACCUCAUGCUGCGCCACAACCUGGACGCCCGGGUGGCGGUUGCCACGGUGAGGCUGAAGAGAGAGAUCGGCCCCAAUGACGGCUUUCUGCGCCAGCUGUGCCAACUCAACGAGAAGCUGGCAAAAGAGGGCAAGUUGAAUGGGGUGAUGCCAGUCGUGGCUGCCAGGUUAAAGACAAAGUAAGAGAGGGAGAGAGACCCAAACCCUCCUAUUCUGCCUUCCAUAGGAGACAACCUGACUCAAUCCACCCUGACCGCCAAACGUCUCACACACAUGCACAUACAUGUAACAUGCAUGCACUGUACAUACAUGGUGACUCUCUCUCACACAAACUCUCCUAUCUGUCAUGCUGCCGUCCUCUUUCUCACCUUCACUCUGUCUCUCGCUCUCUGUCUCUCGCUCUGCUGGUCUCCUUGGGUACAUUUGUCUAAACCCCAGCCUGUUCCGAUAGUGGGGGAAGUAUGUUAGGCCGAGGGGUGGGGGGGUGGAAAAGCAUACGUCCCACCGCUGGCACACACACCGCCCCAAAGUUUUGUGUGUGUGAAUUUUUGACUUGACCAAUGAAGCAUUUCCUAGACCAUAUGUUUAAAACACUGAACAUUUCUCUCCGUGUUCCUCUUGGAGCUCUGAGGUCGGAAGAGAGUCGGAAGAGUUCAAAUCAUAUAUUAUAGCACAAUCAUUAAACAGAAUCCCACUGCCGGGACUGUCGGACUACAAUGAUGUCAUGACACCAACAAAAUGAUCUCUGACCAGUCUGGAAUGUUUUGGGACAUUUAGACCAUUCCUGAUUGGGUGUGACAAUGACGCACCCUGACAUCACACAAGGAAGUGUCAUGGGUAGUGUUGGGUGGGCUAAUUUGGUGUAUUAAAAAAAACAUUCCUUAGAGACUGGCUCCCCAAGAUGUCAUACACACACACACACAUCCAUCAUGUCUAAGUAGAAGCAAGCAACACACACACACACACAUCAUGUCUAAGUAGAAGCAAGCAGCAACACACACACACACACACACAUCAUGUCUAUGUAGAAGCAAGCAGCAGCACACUUUCUUUGUGUGCAUUUACAGGGAUGGAACCUAUUUACAAAGGAAAACGCACUUACCAUGCCAGACAGGUACCCACUGCCAAUUCCAAAGUGCACAUCCGUCGUUGUGUCCAUCCCAUAGAUAUACAGCUCCACUGUCAAUCGAUGCCAGAAUUGGCCGUUAUAUGUCAACUGCCUUGAUCCAAUAUGUGCAUACUAAUGUUAUGCCAAUUUGGAGGUGAACUCCCAAGGCUUUUCUGUUUGUCUGUAUUAGUACAUUGCAGUAUACUGUAUGUCUCAAUGCCCUGCCAUCCCAUUGAAGUAUAUAUUUAAGCAAUAAGGCAUGAGGGGGUGUGGUAUAUGGCCAAUAUACCACGGCUACGGGAUGUUCAUUCGCACAACGCAACCCAGAGUGCCUGGAUAAAGCCCUUAGCCGUGGUAUAUUGGCCAUAUACCACAAACCCCCUAGGUGCUUUAUUGCUAUUAUAAACUGGUUACAAACGUAAUUAGAUCAGUCAAAAUAAUUGUGGUAUAUAGUCUAAUAUACCACGUAUUUCAGCCAAUCAGCAUUCAGGGAUCAAACCACCCAGUUUAUAAUAUAUGAUCACAACCAAGAGCGAAACGUCUCAGAAAUGAUUAUAACCGGUGUUGCACAUACAGUUGCACAUGAAUUGUGGAAGGCUCUACAGCUUUCUGAAACAAUUUCUGUCUUUAAAUGACAUUAGAAUCAAUGGAAAGACCAAAGGCUCCAGGCAAGCUCACAAGACCUCUAACCCUGGGGGGGGGAGCUUACCCCUCAAAUGUCCCUGUUGCAUCCGGAGUUGUCUUUGACUUAACUUCAUGGUCAAGUGUGAUAGACAGUCACUGGAUCCAGCCCCACUAGCAGGGACAGCGAGUCCUAACGAACCAUCAUCACUCCAUUUUGGAAACGAUGUACUAAAGAGGGGUCGAGCAUAGCCACGUUUAGUUCACCCGGUUCUUCCCAUGUGUCAAAUCCGAUAGAGCUCAGUCGCUCAGCAUAGAGGCCUACGGGCUUAUUGGUGCAUCCAUGGGUGGAAUGAAUAGAAGUGGAAAUAGUUAUAUCUCUGUCUGAGAAAUUGAACUCUGAAAACGAGGUUACGUUAUGUCAUACGGCACCAUCUAUUCCUCAUUUUAUACAUCUAUAUACAUAGAAAUAUUAUACAUUAUACAUAUUAUACAUAUUUAAGCAUUGACAUAUAUGAAUGUAGAGCAAUGUGUCUAUAAUGUGUAAGUAUCGUUAGUACAUGUGUAUAUCACUGUAGCACUUAUACUGUAGUUCUUAUGUCAACAUUAGAUCACUCAGUCCUCUACUAACUCUUCUACAUUCCUCCUAUAUUCCAAUAUCUGUAUUUAAAGAUGCCUUCAUGCUUUUUCCUCUGCGUUCUGUUGGGGAUAUACAUGGAGAUCAAUGGAGGGAUUGUAGAUCUAUUUUCUAUUUGAAUCUAUUGAUUCUGUGACUCAUGCUGAUGACUGAUGGGAUGUUCUCUCUGACUCGGAUGCUCUAUGCUCUGACCCCAACUUAACUUAUCAUUGACAAGUCAACGAGGAGGCUGGUGGGAGGAGCACUAUGAGCACGGGCUCAUUGUAAUGGCUGGAAUGGAAUGGUAUCAAACAUAUGGAGGUCCAUUGGUUCCAUUCCAGCCAUUACAAUGAGCCCGUCCUCUUAUAGCUACAGCCUCCUCUGUCACACUAUUAUUUAUAAGCACCAUCACGAAAACUGCACAAUAUUGCAUUUUUUUUCUCCUAAUUAAUCCAUUUUAAAAACAGAUCGAUAUUCCGGAAGGAUCUCUAUAACAUUCCUGUAUGAUCUGGAGACCAACCUAACCCACUGUAGUUACUGAGAACCUUUUGUGCCGUCAACGCAAACGUAUUUCAUAGAUUUCCUGUGCCAAGCAGCCUAUAGUAGCUGUUUAUGACUGGCUUUGUUUUCUGUCGUUCUAUCAGGCCAAUAUACCAUGAGUCUGUUUUCCUACUGCCCAACAAUAGACAACAAGACACUGUUGGAGACGUUUAAAAAAAAUAAAAAAAAAAUGGGAGGGGGUCAUUCAAACCUUAUUGAUUACAAAUGAAAGGUUCAACUAUUUAACCCAUUUGGAGAAUUUUGGUGUAUUGUUCUAAGAUGAGGGUUAUUAUUUAUUUGUUUCAGCAUUUUAACUGCCUACAGCCUAGCGAUAGUUCUUUUGUUAGUAUUUGCUUUACCACAAAUUAGGUUAAAGGGUUAACUUUAUAACAUGCAUAUGGGGUUGUAAAAUACAUUGAACCAGAUCCAUAGAUCAGCAUCAAACACACCCUUCUGUUAAUGUGUUGAAGGAUAGGGGAAACAGUGUCCCCUGCUGUUUCAAAUGUUUUUGCACAAUUUAUUAAAUAAUGGUAAUGACGUUAAGCUUUAUUUGCCAAUUAUCGUUACUCCUGGUUUCUGCUGUGUCUAUUAUACAGUUGAGAUUAUUGUAAAACAUGGACUGAAGUGGGACAAUUGUUCUUGUCUAUUUUUGAAUGAUAUGUCAUUGAUGUACUGCAGGGGGAGGCAACCCUGGUCCUCGAGUGCUGCAGGCACGUUUAUGUUUUUGAUGUACCAACCUGAAAGACCAGGUGUGUUGAAUUUAGGUAAUCACUGAACUGAUCAAUUAGGCCUGUUGGCCAGGUGUGGUGCCUUGUUGGAACAAAAUCCUGCAGUACCUGUGGCCCUCCAAGAACGGGUUGCCUAACCCUGAUGUACUGUAUAUUCACUCUUGAAUAUAAUAUACUAUUGAAUUGUCAAUGUAUUAAUGUUACAACAUCUCUGUGCUUAUGGUUUUGCUAUGUGUUGUAAUGUCAGGAAUGGGAAAUGUGAUAUUCCUCAUCAACAUGAGGGAUAUUUCCAGUCACUUCAAAUGAUUGGCACCCUUGAUAAAGAUGCUCAAACAUUUUGAAAUGAUUGUAUGAUCUGAGUAAGUAAGAGUGAGAGAUUUUUAACAAAAAUAAUACAAAAAAAGUAUUUUUAAAAAGAGCCAUCUGAACAUAGCACCGGUUUUAAUCUACGUGACAAUUCCGUUAAACAAGCUCAUACUGUACCUAGUGUAAAAUAUGGUGGUGGAUCUUUGAUGUUAUGGGGCUAUUUUGCUUCCACUGGUCCUAGGUCAUCAUGAACCUUACCCAUUACCAGGACAUUUUAGCCCACAAUAGUGUUGCUUCUACCAGAAGACUGUGGAUCUUCCAGCAAGACAAUAACCCCAAGCACACAUCAAAAUAGUUAAUUGACCACAAUAUCACCAUUUUGCAAUGGCCAUCUGCAUCCAGACUUGAACCCCAUUGAAAACCUGUGGUUUGAAUUGAGAAGGGCCGUCCAUAAGAGCAGGGGAAGGAUAUCAAGGAUCUGGAAAGACUCUGUAUGGAGGAAUGGUCUCAGAUCCCUCCCAACAUGUGUUCUCCAAUGUCAUAAAACAUGUUAGAAAAAAGCUUAGUGUUGUAAUCCUCGAGAGGGGAGGGUGCUGCAGUACUGGAAACAGGGGUGCCAAUCAUUUUGACAUAUAUCUUUUAGAUUACUUGUUAAUAAACAAAAUCUUUCUCUGACCAAUUGUUAGUAUAAUAUAAUUUCCCUGAUGUUUUGAGCAUACAAUAUAUAUCAGUAUUUGAUAUCUUUCUUUUUGCUCAUCUUUAUCACUGGUGCUAAUAAGUUUGGAAGUGUGUUACAGUAACUGCACUCUGGCCAUUGUGAGUCACUGCAUUUUACUAUAACGAAAGGUAUUUAAUCAGCCCUAUAGUAAUGUAAUAUCCUUGUGUGUUCAAGUAUGCUGUUUGUAAAGAGAAAAUGAAAUAAUGGGUAUGGUUUUAUUGUUAAUGUGCAUUUCAAUGAUCACCGUGUGUGUGUGGUGUUACCCACUGGGCACAGACGUCAGUUCAACGUCUAGUUUUGAUUUACAUUUGGUUGAGUUGUCAACGAAUGUGAAUUCAACAACAAAUGUCACCAUGUCAUUGGAUUUAGGUUAAAAGUCGAGUGGAAAAAAAUGAAAUUCCCUUUAGGUUUAUUAUUGUUUUUUCAAAUCCAAUCAGUUUUCCACGUCAUCACAGAUUUUUGGAGAAUUUAUUCAACGAGUUUUUGCCCAGUGGGCAGUUUCUUGUCUCAUACUUUGAUUAUUUUGCUGUACUAAUAAAUGCUGCUCUUUUUAUUAUUGUUAUAAACACUCAACAGUUAAUAUGCCGACGCCGCCUUCCCCAAGCCUCCCUUCACUUUCACUGGAAUGUCUUUCAUGUUUCCAGCCCCAUCUGAUUUACCCUCAGAUAGACAUAAAGGUGAUUGAUAUCUUAAGGUUAAAGGUCACUAAUAUAUUUUUCCUACUCCGUUGCCAUUGUGGCCCCCUCCAUUACGUUCCCUACUGGCGUUAAAGAGUAGCAGGAGAUUUAGCACAAAUUAUCCCACACUGCCUGGCUUCCACAGCCCAGUUAUCCUCGCACGUUCUCACAAUGUUGCAUUCAUGUUUUAUUAAUGUCACUGAGGAUUUCCACUAUCAACAAUAUUUGGUUGUUUUGUGUUGGGUUCAUUCCUAUCUGUCCCUUUUCAUACUAACAGUAGCGGGCACUGCCUGGAGAUGGAACAGGAUACGCAUCACAGGAAAUGCAUCAUGACAUUAAUGGCACAGAAUCCCACCCAAAAGCCUUACACUGAAGAUAGAAUCAAUCUCUAUAUUUUAGUUCUGUGUACUUACUUCACACAGUAUGGAAGGACGGCUCCCUUGGAGACGGAGAUGACGCUGUUUGUUGAAGUGCACUUGGUUUUAAAUUGUAAUGUUAUUUUUUCUUACCUUGAAAAGUCAACUCUUUCUUGUGUUAAACAAUAAAUGGCUAAGAUGUUAACCUUG